UGGAAAUAUUGUUACGGUUAAAUACAUAAAUUAAAAACUUUUAAUUUUAAUGGGACUGUUGAAUAAGAAAAAAAGAGUAAGUAGAAAAAAACAAAUUAAAAUAAGAAGUCUGUCUCUCGUUUAUCUAUUUCCUCUACGGGAGAUUCUGCUUUUACCAACGUAGAGACAAAAAGAAAAACGCAGUCCACACACAAUUCAACUCACACUGUAGCGAGCGAGAUAUAGAGAGAGAGAAACAAACUCUGAGACGAACGAAACUUUUCGCUCAAAAUUGUGAGGGAGAGAGAAAUCCUCCAUCGUUUCGAUCGAUCGAUCAUGCCUCCCGGUGCGAAGAAGAGAAAGGCGUUGAAGAAAAAGCAGCAACAGGAAUCGAUUGGAACAAAUACGAACGAUAAGGGCUCCAAUGGCGAUAAUCUCCACGGAAAUGAUGAACAUGGAAGCCAAGAUGCUAGGGAAAGUGAUAGCACUUUAAGCUCCCCUGGUUCUCAAGGGAAUGAUGAAUUUGGUGUCACAAAAGAUCCAUCUGCUGAGGCUACAUCAUCCGGUUUUGUGGUGAAGGAGUCUGCUAAAGAGAUAUCAGAUGUUGAAAUAGGAACGGAUGACAAGAACAACGUUGUGGAGAAACCGCCCACUUCCUCUAACGAAAACAGUACUGAGACCUCCUCCAUAAACGUAGCUCUUCAGGAUCCUUGUGUUAAGGAGAUCGCUCCUGUUGUCGAUUCUGUCUCCAAAGUAGUGAUUUCGGAAACGAGUGAGCAUGCUGAGACCUCAACACACUCACAUUUGGUCAAACAGAAGUCUGAUGAAAAGAAAGAGUGUCAAUCUCUGGAGAAAGAUAAUGGUAAGGUGGAUACUCUUCUAGAGUCUGCUGAUGGAACAAGCAGAGAAGUAGAGACUGUAAGAGAAUCUGAAGCUCCAGUAUCCUCUGAGGAAAAGCGUCUUUUGUUGCCUGGUCCACAAGCCGUCCGAACUUCUUGGUUAAGUUGCUGCGGUUUGUUUGAUGCUAUGACAGGAUCUGACAGAUAACACAGGAGUUAGAUAAAGCUGGACGCUCAUGACAGCCUCAAAAACAACCGAAAAAGCAGAACUUACGGGUCCGUACACUCUUCUUUGUACAUUAUCUUUGAUAGAUAAUAACAUGGGCGGCUUUUAGUUAGCAACAUAAAUUUCGUUUUACCUUUCAUUUUUGAAAUACAGUCGUAACUUGUCCAUAAUAUGGAUUUUACUUUCAUAAGACUAAAUAUAGCUCUAUGCUUUUUUCAAUUA